AUGGGUGCUCUGGGGUUCAGCGCGGGUCAGUGCGGCGCGGUGCUGCGAGUGUUGGCCUUCCUCCUCAAGCUGGGGAACGUACAGUUCGAGCCUCAACACAACAUCGACGGCUCCAUCGGCACCCGCCUGCAGCACGAGUACGAGCUCCGCGAGGCGUGUGCGCUGGUGGGAGUGGACGCGGACCAGUUGGAGCUGGCCCUGGGCGCCGCGCCGCCGUCCGCGCCCCGCGACCACCCGCACGACGACGCGUGCUCGGCGGAGGAGGAGUGCGGCUCGGAGGCGGGCUCGGAGACGGAGGGGGCCGGCGCGGAGUGGGCCCGCGCGCUGCGGGACCGGCUGCUGUGCGCGCUGUACUCGCGCCUGUUCAACUGGCUGGUGAGCGCCGUGAACGAGGCGCUGAAGCCGGCGUCCGUGGGCGCGCGCCGCUCGCUGGCCAUCCUGGACGUGUACGGGCUGGAGGCGCUCGCCCACAACGGACUCGAGCGGCUGCUCAUCAACUACGCGGCGGAGCGCGUGCAGGCGGCCGUCACGGCGGCCACGCUGCGCCGCGAGCAGGACGAGUACGCGCGCGAGGGCCUGGCCUGGGCGCCGCUGCUGUACGCCGACCACGAGCUGUACGCGGACCUGCUGGACGCGGUACCUCCCCACACCGGGAUACAAUACGUAAAAAUACGCUCACGCUUACAAUACGCUUGGUCGCAGGGUCCGGAGAGUGUGCUGGGAAUCUUACGUGACUGCACGGCCCGAGGGGCCGGGGACGGCGUGUUCCUACAGCGUCUGCAGCGCCGCCGCAACCCGCGACUGGUGGUGCUGCCUCCCGAUCGUUUUCAGGUGGUUCACUUCGGUGGCGCGGUCAUGUACAGCGCGCGUGGGAUCGUGGCCAAGAACCGUGACGCGGUCUGUCGCCGGUGUGCCGCAGCCCUGUCCGCCGCGCGCGAGCCUCUGUUAGCCGCGCUGUUUGCUCCGGGCGCCUCCGCCGCACCGCCCGCCGGGUACGACGCUGCCGAGACCGCUUCUCAUCCCGUCGUGAAAGACGCGGGUUCUCCUCGGCGGCCGUGUGCGUUGUCAUGUCGUCAGCGUGCGCUGGUGGGCGCGUUGGUCCGCCGUCUGCCCCCCGCCCCCCGCCUCGUGCGCUGUCUGCGCGCCGACGCCGCGCUCCGCCCGCACCGUUUCGACGCCGCUCUGCUGCGCCAUCAGAUCCGCACUCAGGGGAUCAUGGACAUGGCGAUGUUGCGUCGCGCGGGCUGGUGCGAGUCCAUGUGCGCGCGGGGUCUGCUGGCCCGCUACGGCGUCCUCCGCGGCCGCGACUCCCCCGCCCCCGGGCCGGGCGCGGGGUCGGCGCCCUCGUCUCCGGGCGGCGCGGGGUCGUCGUCGCGGGAGGACGCGGUGCGCGCCGCCCGCGCCCUGCUUCGCUCCCUGCCGAUACCCAGCGCGGAGUUCGCGUACGGCCGGACGAAAGUCUUCAUCCGCAGUCCGAGAACGGUGUGGGAGCUGGAGUCGCUGCGUGCGGCGCGCGUGUCGUCGCUGGUGUGUGUGGCGCAGCGUGCGUGGCGUCGAUACCGCGCGAGGACUCGCUCGCGGGCCGCAGCCGUCAUAGCGAGGGCCUGGACGCGCCACCGGAACCGAGAGCGCGGCGCAGAGGGCGGCGGCGCGGCGCGGGCCGGCCUGGUGGUAUGGCGCUGGUGGUGCUCGCAGGCGCGGCGCGUGUACUUGAGCUCGCUGUGGUCGCGGCUGCCGGCGCGCCACCGCUCGCCCGCAUGCGCCGCCUGGCCGCCGUGCCCGCAGCCCCGUCUGCUGGCGCGCGCGGACGGGCUCCUGCGGCGCCUGCACCACCGCUGGCGCUGCCACCUCUACCGCCGCGCCUUCGACCAGACGGCCAGGAACCGCAUGCGGGAGAAGGUGACCGCGAGCGUGCUGUUCAAGGACCGCAAGCUGAACUACGCCCGCAGCGUGGCGCACCCGUUCGUGGGAGAUUACGUUCGGCUGCGCGCGUCGGCGGCGUGGCGGCGCGGGCCGGGCGCGGGCGCGGCGGACCGCUACGUAGUGUUCGCGGACGUGGUGGGCAAGGUGGCACGCUCCAGCGGCCGCGUGUCCCGCUGCCUGGCCGUGGUGUCCACGGGCGCGCUGCUGCUGCUGGAGGCGCGCUCGCUGCGUCUCAAGCGCCGCGUGCCCGCUCACUGCGUCUACCGCCUGUCGUUGUCUCCCUUCGCCGACGACCUCCUGGCCGUGCAUGUUCGUGCUGUACUCACUAAAAUUAUCGGCUUCAUAGGACCCAUCUAUCGAACAUCAUUCCAUUCAUCACCGUCCGUUGUGGUUGCUCCUCAGUGCGGAGGGCUGGAGAGCUCGGUGGAGGAGUUGUCUCAGUGUUCGGUGCGCGAGGCGGCGGACGCUCCCGGCUGUCUGUUCGGCGGCGAGGGUUCGUGGCGCCGGCGCGGGGACGUGCUGCUUCGCACCUGCCACGUGCUUGAGCUCGCCACCAAGCUGUUCCUCGUGGUGCAGAACGCGGUCGGCUCGCCGCCACACGUCAACAUCGCCACAGAGUUCGAGGCCAACUUCGGCCAGCAAAUGGUGACGGUGGCGUUCCACGCGCUGAGCGGCGGCGAGUCGGGCGCUCGCGUGUUGCGGCGCGGCAGUCGUAUGGACGUGCUGCUGUAG